CGUCGAUCUCUCCAUAUAUACGACACCACCCCCUCCCCUGCAAUCCAAUCCACGCAACACACACUAGUGCUAGAGCUGCAACCAAGCAACCAAGCGAGCACCACCACCACCACCACCACCACACACACACACAAGCUAAUUAAUUAAGCUUGUCAUCAAUGGCAGCGGGAGGCGGCAUCGCCGACGAGAAGCAGCAGGCCCCUGCCGAUUCGGCUGAGAUGAUGACGAUGGAGCCGGAGGAGGAGGAGGAAUACAACAGCAGCAACAACACCACCACCAAGGGCGGCGGCGGCGGAGUCAAGUCCCGUCUGUCGGGUCUUCUGUGGCACGGCGGGUCGGCCUACGACGCGUGGUUCAGCUGCGCGUCGAACCAGGUGGCGCAGGUGCUGCUGACGCUGCCCUACUCGUUCGCGCAGCUGGGGAUGGUGAGCGGCAUCCUGUUCCAGCUCUUCUACGGCAUUCUGGGGAGCUGGACGGCGUACCUGAUCAGCAUCCUGUACCUCGAGUACCGCACCCGGCGUGAGCGCGACAAGGUGGACUUCCGGAACCACGUCAUCCAGUGGUUCGAGGUGCUGGACGGACUCCUGGGGCGGCACUGGCGGAACGCCGGACUCGCCUUCAACUGCACUUUCCUCCUCUUCGGCUCCGUCAUCCAGCUCAUCGGCUGCGCCAGCAACAUCUACUACGUCAACGACCGGCUCGACAAGCGGACGUGGACCUACGUCUUCGGCGCCUGCUGCGCCACCACCGUCUUCAUCCCGUCCUUCCACAACUACCGCGUCUGGUCCUUCCUCGGACUCGUCAUGACCACCUACACCGCCUGGUACAUCGCCGUCGCCUCCCUCGUCCACGGCCAGGUCCAGGGCGUCCAGCACUCGGGACCCACUAGGAUCGUGCUCUACUUCACCGGAGCAACAAACAUACUCUACACCUUCGGGGGACACGCAGUCACAGUCGAGAUCAUGCACGCGAUGUGGCGUCCUCAGAAGUUCAAGGCCAUCUACCUGCUGGCGACGCUGUACGUGCUGACGCUGACGCUGCCAUCCGCCGCGGCCGCCUACUGGGCGUUCGGCGACGAGCUGCUGACGCACUCCAACGCGCUGGCGCUGCUCCCUCGGACCCGGUUCCGCGACGCCGCCGUGGUGCUCAUGCUCAUCCACCAGUUCAUCACCUUCGGCUUCGCCUGCACCCCACUCUACUUCGUCUGGGAGAAGCUCAUCGGCCUCCACGACUGCCGCAGCCUCUGCAAGCGCGCCGCCGCGAGGCUCCCCGUCGUCGUCCCCAUCUGGUUCCUCGCCAUCAUCUUCCCCUUCUUCGGGCCCAUCAACUCCGCCGUCGGAUCGCUGCUCGUCAGCUUCACCGUCUACAUCAUACCGGCGCUCGCGCACAUGGUCACAUUCAGGUCGCCACAGUCCAGGGAGAACGCUGUGGAGCGGCCUCCGAGGUUCGCCGGCGGGUGGACGGGCGCGUACGUGAUCAACUCCUUCGUGGUGGCGUGGGUGCUGGUGGUCGGCUUCGGCUUCGGCGGCUGGGCAAGCAUAACCAACUUCGUGCAGCAGGUCAACACCUUCGGCCUCUUCGCCAAGUGCUACCAAUGCCCGCCGCACCUCACUGCCCCGCCGGCGGCUCCGGCCUUCACGCCUCCGCCACCAAUGGCCACGGCACCCUCCGCCAUGACACCGGCGACGGCGUUCAAUGCCACCGCCGGCGGGCUCCUCUUCCCUCCGGUGCCGGCCCCGGCUCCGGCUCCGUCGCCCAUGAUCAACUUCUUCCUCCGCCACCACCACCGCAGGCACCACGGCGGCCGCCACGGCCUGUGACGGCGCGCUAGCUAUAUAUGGCUCUGGCCGUGUGUGCAUGCCGCCACUUAUUACGGCAGAUUAGUGUACUCGAUCGAUCCAGUUUGCAGUAGUAGUUUUUAGCUAGUUAUUGGUAAGCUAAGGUGCAAGUUAGCCUGAUUAGUAAAAAUCGUUGUAUGCCGUCAAAUGCCCGCGAUCUUGUAACGUUCAGAUAAAAGAUCGAGAUCGAGCUGGAUGUCACAAGGCUAGCUAGCUAGGGUACCUCUAGCUAUAUCAUCAUAUGUACCCGUAGCAUGAUGCAUGGCAAAGCAUAGUGCAUGAUACGUUUGGAGUCUCUUGUCCUGUACCGUGUCCUUGUAUGGAGCUGCUUUCGAGAAAGAAGCUAAGCUGAAAAAGAAAAAGAGAAAUGGAAUGCUGUUGUUA